GCUGAUUUGCUGUUGAACUAAUGAAUGGGAAAUAGAUGUGAACAUUUCUUCUGAUCCUCUAUGGAGCCGUUAGCCGUGGUUUUGAACAUUUUUAAAUUUCCAGCAUCUUCUCUUCUGUCAACAUCUGUCGACAUCUGUCCCUGACUUCCGCUUCCUGUGAGUGCGCCAUCUUACCAAAGGUAACCGCGCAGGUGCAUCAGCCAACUAAAGGCAGCAGAAGAGGCCCGCUGGGACCUUUGGCUGCCCUGAAACAACUCAAUGGAUGUUAGUGCACACUCUGAGACACGUCCCACCCACACCACUCUUGGAGAACCUGUGUUGGAACAGGAGCUGAGCCUUUCCUGCGCUCACAGUCAAACAGAGAGCGGAGGGAACGUCUCACUGCGGCUGCUGGAAUUCAAAACCCAUCUGCUCGAGGCCGUAGAGGAGCUGCACAUUCGGAGGGAUGCAGAAACACGCUUCGAGGAUCAGAUCAGUAAAACGGUGCUGGAGAAGCAGGAGCUGGAGUGGGAGAAGGAAUCCCUACAGCAUCGAAUUGAAUCGGUGACAAACCAACACACCGAGUCACUCACAAAUCUGAAGAAGCAGUUUCAGGCCAAAUUAAGAAACACAGAGGAGGAAAAGGGGAAAUAUCAGGUCAUUGCUGAGUUAAAAGACAAAGAGAUUAACAACUUAAAGGAAGAGCUGAAGUCGAUGCAGUUGCUGAAGUACAACUUGGAGAAGAAAUCAAGUGAGCUGGAACAGAAACUAGCCUUGCAGAGCCGGACAAAGGACAGCCACCUGAGCCAACUGGGAGAGGUGGAGAAAAGAUUCAGCGCCUUGUCCAGGCAGUGUGCCAUGGUCAAGCAGGCCCAUGAGAAACUGGAGCAGGAUGUUGAUGAGGCCAUGAGGAUAAACAAGAAACUGACUUCUGCUAAUGAAAAACAGGAAGCGACCAUUGUGUCACUAAAGAAGGAGUUGGAUGAAGUCAGUAACAAGCUCACCAAGGCCAAGAUGACUUUGGUCAGACAUGACAAGCCUCGCAGUCCUACAGGCGGGGAGCAGCAUAUACAGCAGCUGCAGCAGAAGCUAAAGCUGGAAACUGAAAUGAACAAAAACCUGAGGGAGGAAAAUGAAACUGAACGAGCAGAAAAGCAGGAGGUGAUACGGUCUCUGCAGCACACCCAGCAGCUGCUGUUGAGUCAGACACAGACAGUAAGGAGAGUAGAACUGGAGCUGCAGACUCAAAGACACGAGUACAAGGCCCUUAAACAGGAACAUGAGGUGAUGCGAGAGAAAAGCAAGGCAGUGGAAGACAAGGUGGCCCAAGUGAUGGAGAGCUACGGUGCUUCCAAGACCAGCUGGGACAAAGAGAGGACGAGGUUUCUGGAUCGCAUCAAGAAUGAGCAGGAAGACCUUCGAGCACUGAAAGAGGCUUAUGAUGACCUUCAUCAGAAACAUACCAAGCUGUCCUUACAGGCCAAAUCACAUGCACAGCACAUACAGGAAAUGGAGGUAAGAGACAGCAGGCAGAGCCUCAGUGUUUCCACCCAGCCCACUCACGUGGAUGAAAUCAGAGGCGAGGAACCUCUUAGUGAACCCGUCUCCAGAUCUGAGCUGCCCGGGCUUUGCAGUCUGCAGCACUCGAUCUCCUCUCAGGCCAAAAACCCGGACCAUCCGGAGGACACAGCAGCUGUGACUAAGCUAACUGCCACUGAAGCAACUGAAGGUCAAAAAGUCCCAAAACAACAGUCACAAACAGUUAAUCAACCUUUAAGCCCACCAGAUAUGCCCAGUUGCCCACUUACCUCAAGUCCUGAGUACAGCUCUCUAAGUGAAUCUGUAAAUUUACUGAGAAACAUGAAAGAUAAAGAAGACAACACAGGAACGAAUGAAAGCGAACAGGAGGAGAAACAAGGAAAUAGCCACAGAGAGGAAGAGGAGGCAAAUAUAGGGCAGCAAAGGGAAGGCGUUCAAGGAGAAGAUGUGAAGGAGGGAGGAAGUGCUGGAGAAAAGAGGGCAACAGCCAUGGUGCAAACAACAGCUAGAAGAAACAGGGGAGAGGACAGUGAGGGGUCAGCAAAGGAUGCUGAAACAGAAACAAAAGAUAGAGCGGCUGGAGCGAAGGAGAGAGAAAAGACAGCGGCGCACACACCACAAACACAGAUACGAGUCCAGACGAUUACUGAGAUUACUGAUAUGACCGCUGAAAAGAGCCACACACUGCAGGUCAUUGACUUCAUGAACACUGAGCCGCCUCUGGAUAUCUGUGAAUCAUCAGGCUUCACACAAAGUCUCUAUCAGAAAGUCAGUGAAAAGGAUGCUGAGUGCAAACAUUUGAACAACCAGUGUGAGACUGGAAGAGAAUACCCAAGUGCUAGCUGUGGGCAACAAGAGGUAUCGAAGCCGUGUCGCAAUGAAGCCCAAAGUUCCUGCGGAGACACAGAGUCACUAAACCACCAGUCAGGUUGUCAUUUCCCAGAAACCACACGUGAAAAGCCGCCCACCACGAGAGCAGGUGGGUUUUCUGCCGGGUUCCCUGAACACCUGAAUCAGUCGAAUACCUCACCGACAAACAAUGAACCAUCGGCUGGUCACUCGGAUGGUUUUGUCAGUGCUGAAGAGCUGGGAGCAAGUCGAACACAAGCAGAAAUAUGUAAUCCCUCUGAUGUUACUUCAGACAUGACGCAAACAGAUGAAAAGUGUGAUACGCACGUGAGUGAAAAAUUGGCAGAACCUGAGCAGUUGCUCCAGAGUCAGGGCUGCUCAGAGCAGAAGGAUGGACAGCUGAGGUCUGUGGUAACUGUUGAAGGGGAGGGUGAUUCUAGUGCAUGUAAGGGAGGAGAAGGUCAAUCAUAUGUAGAUACGACUGCAUGUGAGAGCGGAAGGACGCCUAUGGGAAUAUCUCACUUAAAAAAUAUUACCAUGGAUGCCAUAAACCUGGAGUCUGAGGUGGAAACCGAACACAGGAAAAUCGACCAUAUCGAGGAUGCAGCAGAUGCAAAGCAAACUGAAAGUGAAACAGAUCUGAAGCUGCCGCUUCGUCCAAAUCAGGGCUGCGAGCAGCUCGUGUCAGGAGAGAAGCUGCUGGAAGACUCUGCUGAGUCGUCUCUGCCCAGAAAACAGACUUUCAGGCCAUUAUUUGAGUGGGGCACUGCAGAGAGAAGAAUACCAAGCUCCAGGACGAAGUCAGGUGUCAGCAGAGUGCACCAGCUAAUCCAGGGAUCUUCUCUGUCUGAGCCAAAUACAACUGGUGGAUUCCCUGGACGUCCUCCCAGCACAGCAAUACCCAUGUUCCUCAAACGCAAACUCGACAAUGUCCCCUCGGUGAUUAUGAGGGCGUCGGACCUGCUGAAUGCCUCCAGUGUCUCUGGGCCUCCACCUUCCCAGCGGAGAAAGCAGGAGCGACUCUGGGAAGCAGCGGAGGAGACCUGCAGAGAGAGAACUGCAGCAGAUACGGAUGGCACACCUCAUCUGCCAGCCUCCGCCUCCUCCAACAUGGGCAGCAAACUGUCACAGCAGACCACCGCAGAGUGUAGCAGAGCUCCUACCUUAGCUGGUCCUAGUUCAGAGUCAGACUGGGAACUCUCCUGCUCCCAAGAGAGGGAUGACCAACAGGCAGCAUUCAGGGAACAGAUCUCCAAAAUUGAACAAUUCCUCAACGCAGAGAAGCUCCGUCUGCCCAAAAGACAACGAACUGAACCGAAUCUUUAGAAACUGCUCGUCGUCCUUAUUUUCUGUCUCAGGUGAAAUUGCAUGGCACAUUUUUGACAGUUACUGUUCGUGCAGGUUUAAAUGUUCUGAAACAUGAUCAUUUUUGAAUAUAUAGGUGUGUUACUGAUUAAUUUCAGCUGCAUAGUUUCUUCUCAGGUUACUGUUUGAUGUUUAAGGUUUUAUUGUUGCUUUAAUGUCAUCUUAACAUUUCUGUGUUUUGAGUGGAAAACUGCACAGUUCAUGUGUUUGUAUCUUUUAAGGUAAGAGAUCAGAAGAAAAUAAGAUAGCCUUUACUAAUCCCAAAUAUACAACAUAUGUCCUGCUAUAUUGUUAAGAUUUUUUUUUUAAACAUAGAGUUGUAUAUGUUUAAAGUAGUUUUAAAAUGGUUGUAUUA